AUGAUUGGCAAUGUGCACAAUGCCGAUAUUCAGCAUCACGCGGUACCGAGGCGAUCUGUCAACCGAUCACAAACAGCGCCCAAACGAGCAGAACUAGUCAGCAGUCGUGGGUGUGCACGCGCGGACGAAUUGCGUCUGAAAGCUGGUGCAGCGCACCGCCGCCAGAUUGGAAAUUUGUAG